UUUUACUCAUCACUUGGUUUAACAUACUAAGAGAGUUAUAAGAAGCUGAGAAGAAAAAAUGGCUUCCAAGGCUUUGAUUCUGUUUGGUCUCUUUGCAAUUCUUCUCGUUGUCUCCGAAGUGUCUGCGGCAAGGCAGCCAGUGAGUGAGGAAACUGUGCACCCUGAUGGUCAUGGUGGUGGCUACAACAGUGGAGGUGGAGGAGGAUACAACAGAGGAGGAGGAGGAGGAGGAUACAAUAGAGGAGGAGGCGGAGGAGGAUACAACAGAGGAGGAGGAGGAGGAUACAACAGGGGAGGAGGAGGA